AUGCAGCAAAUGUGUGGAAGCAGCACUUUUCCCAUUGAGAAACAGGGGGAUAAGAAUACUGUCGUACAUAGACGAUUAUCUGAUUUGCGCCUCGUCGAAAGAGCAAGCAAUCAAAGACGCAGAUAUGGUGUUAUUGCAUCUCAACAGCUUGGGAUUCAGAAUAAACAUGGAAAAGAGCCGCUUAGAGCCAGCUCAGCACGCAGAAUAUCUGGGGCUCAGUAUAAACUCCCUCUCUUAUCGAGUCACUCUGACAGAGAGGAGGAUCGCGUCAUUCACUCAAUGUCUCUCCCGUUUUCAGACGGGGAAAGUUGUCCCGUUCAGACUGUGCCUGUGAAUGCUGGGCUUAAUGGCUUCAGUGAUAUCUGUAGUACGACUGGGACUACUAAUAAUGAGAGACUUUCAGCGCUGGGUCGCGCAUCUGCGUCUGUGUUCUCGGCGUCAUCUCAACCGACAGGUGAGAGUGACGUAUGCGUGCGUCAGAGCGCUCAGACGUUGGAAAAGCCCCGCGACCCUCAGAUCGGGGAUUCCCCUGGGGGCAGUGUCGUCGAGAGUCACUAUGACGACGGACGCAUCAUUAAAGGGCUGGGGAGCGACUCUAAUGGGCAGAACUGUGAACGGCGUUUGGCCCCCUCAGCUAAUUCUCAAACACAUAAAUUACUUGGAAUUGUUGGCAGUGUUUCUAGCGCUGAAACAUUUUCUGAGCUUCAUCAGGGGUCAGCAUGUUUUAGUGAAAACAGACAAUUCCACAGUGGUUGCUUAUAUCAACCGACAGGGAGGCACACGCUCUCUUCAGCUGCACCAGCUGGCAAAAGAGCUGAUUGUGUGGUGCGACAUAAGUCUUUUAUCCAUCAGGGCAACCCAUGUUCCAGGGAUAUUGAACAGGGGGGCAGACUUGUUGUCCAGAGGAAAUCCCCUGUACGGAGAGUGGAAGCUUCAUCCCCAGGUGGUGAAGCAGAUAUGGCAGAGAUACGGCCAGGUGGUCGUAGAUCUCUUCGCCUCGCAGGAAAACGCCCAAUGUCCUCUGUACUUCUCUCUGGCAGACGGAAAUGCACCAUUGGGUGUGGAUGCUUUAGCCCACCAAUGGCCAAAUGUCCUGCUGUAUGCAUUUCCCCCUCUGAGCCUGAUUUCACCCACUCUAGCCAGGGUGAGGGAAAUGGGAUUGUCGCUGAUACUGAUAGCCCCACGUUGGCCUUCCAGACCUUGGGUGGCCGAGAUUGUUCAACUACUGUCGGGUCAGCCGUGGCCCCUCCCUCCCCGGAGGGACCUCCUGUCACAAGCGGGGGGGGAAAUCUACCAUCCUCACCCAGACAGGAUAGCUCUCUGGGCCUGGCCCGUGAAAGGUGGAAUUUAAGUGCAGCAGGUCUGCCCCCAUCGGUCAUACACACUAUACAGAGUGCAAGAGCCUCUUCCACUCGUUCACUGUAUAGUAAUAAGUGGCGAGUCUUUGAUGAAUGGUGUGGACGGAUUCAUAUUGUCCCUUUUCAAUGUUCAGUGAGGGACAUUUUAUGUUUCCUGCAGGAUCUGCUAGAUAAAGGGAAAGCUUUUUCUACAAUAAAGGUAUACUUAGCGGCUAUAUCUGCUUGUCAUGUGGGUUUUGGUGACAAGACAGCAGGUCAGCACCCUUUAAUAAGUCGAUUUAUGAAGGGGGCACGACGUAAGAGGCCAGGGGCCAGGCGAAUGGUCCCAUUGUGGGAUUUGUCUACAGUCUUAGAGGCCCUUUCUCAACACCCUUUUGAGCCAUUGGAAGCUAUAGGGUUAAAGUUUCUCUCGCUCAAGACAGCACUACUGUUAGCGCUGGUGUCAGCUAAGAGGGUGAGUGACUUACAGGCACUGUCGGUCAGCCCAUCUUGUCUGCAGUUUUCUGCAGGGUUUACAAGGGUUUCCUUUCGCCCUAACCCGGCGUUCGUACCUAAAGUAGUGGAUUCGUCAUAUAGAUGUCAAACUACAGAUCUUGCAGCUUUUCACCCUCCUCCGUUCUCUUCUCCAGAGGAGGGGAGGUUGAAUGCCUUGUGUCCUGUACGAGCACUUCGUGUGUACGUAGAAAGGACAGCAGGUUUCAGGAAAAAUGACCAACUGUUCGUGUCAUGGGCUACUCCUCACAAGGGGAAGCCAUUGUCACGUCAGCGACUGUCCCACUGGAUUGUAGAAGCUAUUUCCUUAGCAUAUGCAUGCAGAGGUUCCCAACCUCCCGAGGGCUUAAGGGCCCACUCAACUAGGGGCAUGGCGACAUCAUGGGCCUUACUCAGAGGUGUUUCGGUCCAGGAGAUCUGUGCUGCAGCAAGCUGGGCCACACCGCACACUUUUGUGCGAUUUUAUAGACUGAACGUGUCUGAGCCAUCCUUAGCUCAUGCAGUGUUAGGAGUCAGCACGUCAAGUCCCAUAUGAUUGGUAUAGCGUAUGUUGCAAUCCGGGAGUGGUCUAUAUCUCCCAUAGUGAAACACCGAGCGAAGUUAGAAAAAGAACGAUGGGUUACUUAACGUAAUCCCAGGUUCUUUGAUAACAGAGUGAGGUGUUUCACCAACACUUCCCUCCUUGCAUAGGAACGGGAAGAAAUCUCUCUUAAUGACUUCGUAGGGGUCGACCUGAGUAAUAUAGGUGGGGGCGGAGCCUGAUCUCAGGUCGACCUGUCUGUCAAAGACAGACGUGGUGGCAUAGGAGCUUCCGUAGUUGGUCACGCCCAAAGCGAUUCCCAUAGUGAAA